GAAGAAGAAAGUCUAACGCGGAAGGAGAGGAAGCGAAGCGAGUAGCGUUAGUUGUGGAGUACAGCUGCCAAUAAUAAUAUUAAUAGGGUCUGCUGUCAAUAACGCGCCUAUUUCGUUGAACAUUUCUUUACCAUCGUGACCAAAAUGUCUAAGAAUACAAUUUCCGACCGGUUUAGAAAAGUAGAUGUGGAUGAAUACGACGAGAAUAAGUUUGUGGACGAGGAUGACGGAGGAGAGAACCAGGGUGGACCGGACGAAGCAGAAGUAGACGGUUUGCUCCGACAGGCGAACAUGAAUGCAGCUCUCCAUGCCGUGCUAAAGAAUCCUCCAAUCAACACCAAGAACCAGAUUGCCAAGGAGAGAGCAGAGCUGCUGGUGAUCAAAGUGCUGAGCAGUUUUAAGAGCAGCGACAUAGAGAAGGCUGUGGGCUCACUGGACAGAGCUGGAGUGGACCUGCUGAUGAAAUACAUCUACAGAGGCUUUGAGAACCCCAAUGACAACAGCAGCGCUGUGUUGCUGCAGUGGCACGAAAAGGCUCUGGCAGUGGGAGGAGUCGGUUCCAUCGUUAGAGUCCUGACUGCCAGGAAGACCGUCUGAUCCUUCCAGAACCCACAGAGUCCAUCUGCAACACAAGAUCAGCAGACCUCAGUACAGCGUUCUGCUUUUGAACACGAUCCCUUGUUUAUUUAAUUUUUUUUAAGCUGAGGGCCCUCCUCAUGCUGUUCUUUCCUCUGUUCUUCUGCGUUCACUGUUUUCAAUCACACCUCUGGAGUUUGGCAGCGCUGGAAGUCCGGCAGGGAGGUGCUGGCACCUCACGCUGUCUGUGUGUGCCGGCCAUGCAGAGAGAAAAGAAACAUUCACUGGUUUAAACUGCCUCACUGCCUCACUGCUGCUCUGAAGCCUCUGCUGGCUCACUGGAACCUCCUCCUCCUUCUCUGAAGCCUCAGAGUCAUCCAGGUGGAGGAUUAGAUUGUUCUUGGAUGGACCAUCAAGGACUGGUGACCUGUCCAGGAUGUUUCCCUGCCUUUUGCCCAGUGCAUGCUGGGAUUGUAGUUAUUUUAUUUCCCCAUAUCAUUCUUACUUUGUAUAUGUUUUUUUUUGUCCGCUAUUUUUUCUACUUACACCACAUUGUGGUGUGUAGCCUGGCUAUUGUUUUUUUUUAUAUCUAAAGUAAGCAACAAAAUAAAGUAAUGAACCUGAAUAUGUACUGGUUACUUUCAUGUUUUAAAAAGCUGGGGCUUUAAAAGGCCUUUACUGUUCACUUAAGGUAAUAACUGUAACCAUUACUUAUUUUAUAAUGACAAUGAUUUAUUAAAGACAAUAAGGACAUUUCAUGCCCAAGCUACCAGCUAACCAAGAUGUUACAUAAGAUGUUGCCUGGUAUAGACCAGGAACCAUUCAUCCAGUCAAAUGUCUUUAAAUGGCAGCUUUAGUCGCAAAAACCUCCCGAACGUUAUGUUCCAGCCUCUCGAACGUGUCUGCUUUUAUAAUGAACAAAAUAUUUUGGGGCUUGGAAUUUUUUUUUUUGUCUCCUCUUUGACUUUGUCACUGUUUUCUGAUGUUUUACUUUCUAAACAAUGAAGAAAAAGGUUGGCUAUGCUGAUAACUCCUUUUAUCCAUGUAACAACAACUAAUAUAGCAAUGCUCCCGUAUGGUGUCUCCUGGAAUCAACCCGUCACAUCAUUCUUGCAUUAAAUGGCCGGGUCAUUUAAACUAGCAAAGACACUGAACAUUCUGUUGCUGUAUGAAAUGAUGACGAAAAAGACUGAUCCUUGUGUGAAUCCGUAAUAAUCUUGCUCUUACUUCACGCAAUAAAAUACAGUUGUCGCAUUGAUGCCAACUAACAAGUAGCCAAAACA